AGCUCGUUGGGCACUUGUCAGGGAUGCUGUAGCCUGACAUUGUUUGGUGGUAGUACUUGAUAAUAUCUGGAGGAUGGACUGCCGAAGAGUUCUGCCUGCGAUAUGCGCCGCUUGUUUCAUAGGUUACUUAAAUGUAUCGGUCCACUACCAGAAGCCAGAUCUGAAACAUCCAGUGUCCUUCUCCUCCAGGCAUGGUGGUGAGUCAGACCACACUAGCUCCGGCUGUGAUGAACACCACUUUCAUCGAGAAUGUGACCGGUCUGACUAUGACUCCCGUGAUUCUCAGCAGCACGACCCCGGGCUGCCUUGCCUUCAACACUUCUACAUGUGAGCCCUGUGCACCGGGAUCGCAAUACGACAACAACACCCUGCUGUGUGCCUGCUGUUCUGACCCCGGGCUGUGUCUAUUUCCUGGUGCCUGCCUGCCAUGCAACAGUGGUUUCUAUCAGCCACUAGCGGGACAGCAGCAGUGUCUGCCCUGCAACCGGGGCUUCUACACAAAUUUCACUGGAAGUCCAUUAUGUAACCCCUGCCCUACUGGAUCCUUCAACAAUAACACUGGUGGAGACAGUUGCACAAGUUGUUUACCAGGUUUCUUUUCAUCGCAGCAGAGUUCCACUUCAUGUGCACCAUGUGCACCGGGAAGUUUUUGCAACUCCUCAGGUUGUAGCCAGUGCCAGAUGUGUCCUGGAGGAACAGAAGCUCUACAGACUGCCGCUCAAGGCUGCACACUGUGUCGGCCAGGCAUGCACAAGCUUCCCCAUCAGGCUAUGUGUCAAAUCUGCGGCAGUGGCUUCUUCCAGAUCCACUGGGGCAAGGAGAGCUGUGAUUUAUGUCCGGAGAAUCACUACUGCCCUAGUCCGGACGUGAACCCCAUUCAGUGUCCCAGCGAUGCAUUUUGUCCAGAGGGCAGCUUGUCUCCGGGCUACUGCAUGGAGACUUUCUUCCGCAAAGAUGGGGAAACUUGUGAAUUGGCUCCUGUCACCAUGGCUCUAUUAGUUAUUGGAGGAGGGGUGGCCCUACUCUUCAUCAUUUUAAUGGUCCUACGUCGACGGAGAGACACUGAUGGAGAACUGACUGUAGCCCGAGCUCCAUUAUUACGCAAAGAACGACCUCAAGGUCGAUACUAUGGGAUGCCCUGUGAUGCAGAACCUGUGUACGCUGGCUGGUGAAACAAAGGACCUCAUCUUAGCUUUCCUAUGCUUGUUAUCACUGUUUGGGUCCCAAUUAAAGACAAAAGGACUGAUUAAGGAAGACUAAUGGUAAAACACUGGACUGGUGCCUUGAGAGUACUUUGACAAUCCACCAGUUUGUUUUAUUUCUGGUACAUUUGAAUAUAUUUUUGAGAAACAGAAUGUUUUGUGAAUUCUUGUAGUUUGACACUGUUACAGUUGAUCCACUCAGAGACAAACACGCUCCUUUUGUAAACUAGAUUAUCGGAUUAUGAGAGGCAUGUUGGAACGGUGAAAAUUAGAUGCGUGCCUUGACUUGGUGGGAACCUCUCUGUCUUAUGAAAAGCACUUUUUUUACAGAGGUAAUUGAUUUACUUUGCACUUAUGUGUUGGUAGACUUGUGGAUGCCUCCAUUAACUUGUGUAGUUCCACAGUUACAGAGAGGUGUAAACUGUGGUUGGUUAAUGUUUUUCAUCUGCUUUUUUAAAGGUUAUAUUUGUAUGUUUUAAAGGAAAAUAAAUAAACAUGAACAACUUCAGCCUCA